ACAAAAUAAGCUUUAAAAUGUAGGUGUAUUUACAUGCGAUUACAAAUAUAUGCUUAAACAUAUGUAUGCGGAUAUUAUAAUAAAAAAAAUACUAUUAUUAAAAUAUAUGUUAUAAGUUUAUAUAUUCUAUUUAGAAAAGAAUCAUGUCAAUUAAUUUGUGCAGAGUUUGUCUUGCAACUGGAGCAACUCUACCUAUUUUUGAUAAAGAAGAAAGUGUUUUAAAUAUACAGGCUAACUUAGCGAUAUGCUUAAAAGAAAAGGUUGAAGACCGAGAUGGCUACCCCAGAUUUAUAUGUGUAGUAUGUAAUCAAAUAUUAUAUGAGUUUUGUAAGUUUAUAAAUAAAUAUAGAGAGACAUGCAAACUACUGGAAAAGGGUUUAGAUAUAGUAAAAGAGGAAAAUAAAGAUGAUUUCAUCUGCAAUGAAGCCACAAAUGAAGAAGUUGCAAUUUGUUCUGUUAAGAAAGACAAAGAACAAAACAAUGUAUUUGAGACUAAAAAGCAACAAGAACCUUUAAAGAAAAUUUUAUAUGUAAAGUUAGAAAGACUGGAAUUACCAACGAAGAAUAAACCUUCUGUAAGAAGAUGCUUAGAAGUAUCUAAUAAAAUUGCAUCUUCCAUUUUAGAAGGUGAAUUCUCAUGGAACGGAACUGAAUGUGUGUCGUCCGACAGUAUUAAAAAUAAAGUAGUCAAGCCAAAACAAUCACGCAAUAAUAAAAGGAAAGAGCUGAAAAUACCAAUUGUAAAUAUAAGGAAACCAAAGCCACCAAAAUUGUGUGAUCUGUGUGGAGAGGUUUUUAAAUCCCACGAAAGGUUGACCGUUCACAAGAAGAGAGCCCAUAAUUGUGAACGCUCACAAUGUAAAUAUUGCUCAAAAAUGUUUAAUGCCAGUUACGACCUCAAAAGACACAUACUGAGGAGACAUGAGACAAAGAAGAAUUUUGUAUGUGCAAUUUGUGGCAGAGGGUUCGCUUUUAAUGGAGAACUGACUACACACCAUAAAAAUGUACAUGAGAAACAUCUGAAACUUAAAAAGAAUUUUAAAUGUAAAUUUUGUAGCAAGACAUAUAAAUGUUAUAAGUCGGUCGUUAUUCAUGAACGAUCUGCUCACACAGGCUAUAGACCAGCGGUCUGUACGGUAUGUGAUUCAAGAUUUUUCCAUGAAGAAUAUUUAAAGGAACAUAUGCGUCUUCACACUGGAGAAACACCCUUCAAGUGUCCAAUUUGCAAAAGAGGUUACGCUCAAAGAGGCAAUAUGAAGAGUCACAUGAAAACUCACAAAAAAUCUGAACUUGAUGAAGAUACUCUGAGAAAAUUAAGGCCCAAUUAUCUUAAACUAUUAAAAACAUAGUUUUUUACAUAUUACUCGUUGACAAAUAUUGUAUUUUUUUUUAAAUUUCGUUUAUUUUAUUUAUCAAAAGUUGUCUGUUGAACAAUUUGCUUUGACAAAUUUUAUUAUUUAUCUAACACAAAGAUCCAUUCUUAUUCAUGUUUUUUUUAUAUAUUUUUAUGAAUACUAAUAAAGACGUCAAUUAAG